AUGAAAGGUGAAGAAGCUGACAGUGCCAAACGGGUUGAAUCAAACUCGGUGGUGGAUAGUGUAAUCAAUAACAGGAAAACCAAGAAGAAUGUUGAAAGUAGGUUACGAACGAGCGUAGAUGACUUAAAAUUGGCUAGAAAAAGAAUCAAAGAAGGCAAACUGAUGAAGAACAGAGGAGGGAGUGCAGGUAUGGAAGUCUUUGUUAUGAGAAGUGAGUACGAACAUCAAACAAGAGAAAUAAAAAAAGAAGCCCAAAAAAAUGAACCCUCGGAACAACUAAUUAAUGAAAUUGAACAGGAGAAUGAAAUAGAAACUAAAGAAACCUUAUCCGACGAUGAAUUACUCGAGAUAUUAGACCAGUUCGAAAUCAAGAAAAAUUUACAGCGAGAACUAGAAGUGGAACUAGCCAAUCUAUCGAUCCAAUAA